AUAUUUUUGAUACACAAUUGAUUUGAACAAUAUUAAUUAAUGGUUGAAAAUAUGAUUAUUCAUUUUAUUAUUCAAAUUUCAUUUUAUUGCAUGCAUUCCAGAGCUUACACACCCGAUAGUUACAUCGGUUGCUUUGCGGACUUGAAGAAUCGAAUUCUUGACGGAAAGAGCCGCACGUCAAAGACAAACACUGGGGACGAAUGCAUACAAUUUUGCAAAAUAGAUGGCUACAGAUAUGCAGGAACUGAGUUAGGUGAUGAGUGUUAUUGUGGGCACAAAUUACAGAAGAAGGUUUAUACCAAUGGUUGCACAUUUACUUGCACAGGAAACAUAAAAGAAAAAUGCGGAGGACGUUGGAGCGUAUCAGUGUAUGAUAUAUCCCUAAUAUCUACAACGCACUCAUCAUUGACGACACAAAAGAAAACAACAAUAAGUUCGACAUCGACACAGUUUCCGAACUCCGGAACUGAAAGUGAUUCCAGUACACCUACGGUUAUCUUGUAUGUUACAGUACCCCUUGGUUGUAUUGUUUUACUACUUGUUGUACUUUUAGGAGUUUAUAUCAGACAAAGAAAACUACGUAAGGAAAUCAGCCACUUUGAGAAUAUCAGUCAAGGAACUGGUUCGAUUCUGAAUUUAAAUGGAACAAUAACCGAGACACAGAUAGCUAAGGGAGAACGGUUACAUGUUAACGUAGAACCAGUCGUAAACGGAUACUCGAACAUUAGUGAUGCCAGUAAUAAGACAAUUAAACCUUUCUGCCAAGACGUUAACGAAAAUGACAACUAUGAUUCACUACAUAAGCAACAUGAUAACAUUGGUUCGACUAGAUGUACUUAUGAUCAAAUAGCGAACCAUACAAAUGACGAAUAUUACUCGAUUUGUUGUAGUAAUCAGUUUUCAGACGGGCGCCGAGAUAGAAACAAUAUGUAUUCACAUAUGCAGUAUGAUGUUAAACAAACAGGCAGCAAAGGUGACACUGAUAUUGGAGACAACGUGUAUAACACGUUGCAGUUAAAGACAAGAGAAGGCAUUGAGACUAGUAAAACUGUUGCAAAGAUAUCAGAUUAUAAUACAUGUACCAUAACUGCUGCAAUACCAACGGCAGCGGAUAAUGGGGAUUAUUCUCAUAUAAAUAAUGUAGUGUUUGAACAAUAUUACUGUAUAGAUACAUCUGUUGAUAAUGGUAACAUGUAUUACAAUGACAAUGAAUAUGCAUCAGUUGAAAAAAUAUCAAGAAGUAGUAAACAGUAACGGGUAAAUGAAAAUUGUAUGAGCACUGUAACGCAAAAUAAACAUUAAGAAGACUUUACAAAUGCAUUUUAAAAGUUCCUCCUAGUUUUUCAUGAUGUUUUACAGAAACUUUAAUGCAGCAUUUGAUUAAAUUCAACAUUUUAAACCUUUGUCUUAACAGUGUCUUUUAUAUUUGAAAGAAAAUGUGUUUUCUCGUACCUGUGAAAACCCUACGUUUACCAAUUGUAAGUCUGGCCAUAGCGUCAAAUUAUGCUAUCUUUUACACUUAUCAAUCACAAUAACAACGGUAAUACUAUAAAAUGAAACGGAUUUUAUCGAAUUAUACAAUUAGUUCCGCCCAAAUAUUUGAUUGCUUGAAUUUGUGUUCAACAAUUUCAAAUUAUAACGAUUUAUCGGAUGCCCUUCAGUGAUUGAAUUUUGUAAAUAACAUCUAAAUUAAUAUUUAUUUAUGGAAAAACAAAAAUGGAUCUUAUGAAUAGUAUUUACAUAUGUAUCGCAAUUUCAGUGAUAGAAGGUAAAUAUUACUAUUACAUAUCUAGAAUUAUUGUUUUCAAACAUUUACGCUGCGUCAACAUAAAAUGACUGGAAUUUCAAGAUAUCUUCAAACCAAGAUUAGAUAAUGAAAAAAGAGAGAAAAAUUGUAUAGGUAUAAUAAUGCAUAUUUUAAAAGUAAAACAUGUAAUUCUAUGAGUGUGCUGAAUGCGCAGUUCUUUGCAAGAAUAGAGUUGAACUUGAAACCUCACUGGUUUUUUACUGAUUAAAUAAACACUAUUAAUAAGUUAUUAUCAAAAUAUUGGUUUUCAUUAAUUUUUAUGUAAGAACUUAAAUGUGACACCAAUUAAAAACAUCUGAUAAACAAAGUCAAAUCGAGUCUUCAAUUACGUAUCAAAGUAAUUUUCAUCUUUCUUGAGGGUAUCUCUUCUGCACAGAAAGCUGAUCUUUUCCCGAAGUAUUAAUAUUUCGAUGGAAUUGUGUAACUAUCACCCCC